UGGUGAGUUUUGGAACGGCUUACAGAUUUUGUCCACGCAAAAAAGUUUUAUCUUGUUGUCUAUCUCAGUAGCAAAUAUCUAGGUGUCUGCCUACGUUUGAAGAACAGUUCCCCUUCUGUAUAGGCAGUAUUGUGUAGUGAACAGGAUGUCGCUCUCAGUUGAUGAAAAGUAUGAACUAAUUACUCGCAGUCUCCAGGAGGUGCUUGGAGGACCCGCAUUGAAGGAAAUCUUGAAAGAGCGGAACCUCAACUUGUACUGGGGUACUGCACCUACUGGACGUCCUCACUGUGGAUAUUUUGUUCCUAUGAUGAAGCUGGCCGACUUCUUGAAGGCUGAUGUUCACGUCAAGGUGCUGCUGGCCGAUGUUCACGCAUUUUUGGAUAACAUGAAGGCUCCCAUGGAGUUGGUUCAAUACCGUGUGCGUUACUACGAGGCCGUCGUAAAGGCUAUCUUGGUUUCUUUGAAUGUUCCUAUUGAGAAACUCAAGUUCGUCAUUGGUUCUAGCUACCAAUUGUCGAAAGAGUACACCUUGGACAACUUCCGUUUGACUGCCAUUACGACGGAGCAUGAUGCCCGUCGUGCUGGUGCUGAGGUGGUCAAGCAGGUCUCUAGUCCUCUCCUUUCUGGUCUGCUUUACCCCGGUAUGCAGGCUUUGGAUGAACAGUACUUGGAAGUUGAUGCCCAAUUUGGCGGCGUUGAUCAAAGAAAGAUUUUCGUUAUGGCUGAAAAGGUUCUGCCUGCCUUGGGUUACAAGAAGCGUGUUCAUUUGAUGAACCCUAUGGUUCCUAGUUUGGCCGGCGGAAAGAUGUCUGCCUCUGCUGCUGCUAACGCGAAGAUCGAUCUUUUGGAUGAGCCUAAUGUUGUGAAGAAGAAGAUCCGUUCUGCUUUCUGUGAGCCUGGUGUGGUUGAAGAGAAUGGUUGUUUGGCAUUCUUGAAGUUUGUCUCUUUCCCUGCCAUGGCACUUCGCAAUGUUGAUGAGUUUGUCAUCAACCGUCCCGAGAAGUUCGGCGGCAAGAUUGUGUACAAGACAUAUGAGGAGCUUGAGAACGACUACCGGGAAAACAAGCUCUCUCCUCAAGAUUUGAAGUUGGGUCUUGAGGAUUCCAUCAACUGGUUGCUGGCCCCCAUCCAGGAAUACUUGAAGGGUCUUCCCGACUUUGUCGAGUUGAUUGAUCUGGCCUACCCCGAUCCAACCAAGAAGCCUAAGAAGGACAAGAAGCAAAAAAAGCAGAAGACUCCAAAGACUGAAGCCGCUGCUGCUAAGGCUGCUGCCGCCAAGGCUGCUAAGGCGAAGCAGGCUUCCGUCGAGCAAGUCACAAAGGAAGUAGCUAACGCUCAAAUCUAAUCAAAACUUUUUUGUUCCAUAGACCAAAUGAAUUAGUAAAGUCGGCAUUGCCAAAAUGGGGAACAGUUUCUUUUUUAGGUUGCCAUGAAGUGUACGACGG